ACAAAAUGUGAAGAAAACUGAAACGAAACCGUUUCGUAUCUGAAAUACGAGAGUCUGCCGCUCUGCUUUUCCUCGACACGGAGGCGCAUAAAUAAAUUCGUCACAACCUGCAACAAUAUCAGUCACCGGAAAUUUCACCGUCGUCGUCUUAGCCUUUCUCCAUCUCUCCGUAGUUAUCGCCUGAAAGCCAUAUAAACUGUUAUAGCUAAUUUUAAAUUGAUUCAAGUUCCAGGUGAGGAUUAGUUUGCUUCUGGUUAAUCUCUCUUUAUAGCUAAAGGCACUUCACUGUCAGAUGGAAACACACAGCAGCAGUAGUAGUAAUGAUAUAAAUAACACAAAUGAAACCGAGAAUAAGGAGUGGAGAGCUGAAGAAGCAAUUGCUGGGAAUAAUGCAGCCCUUGAAGCUCUAAGAGAACUCAUAACUUUCCCUAUUCUUUAUCCCAAUGAAGCGAAAAGGCUUGGUCUGAAAUGGCCAAGAGGUUUGCUUUUAUAUGGUCCACCUGGGACUGGAAAGACAAGUUUGGUACGAGCUGUUGUUCGUGAAUGUGGUGCACAUUUAAUUGUCAUCAGUCCACAUUCUGUUCAUAAAGCAUAUGCUGGAGAAAGUGAGAAAAUUUUGCGUGAGGCAUUUUCAGAGGCAACAUCUCAUGCACUGUCAGGCAAGCCAUCUGUGAUUUUCAUCGACGAAAUAGAUGCACUGUGUCCACGUCGUGAUUCAAGACGGGAGCAGGAUGUCCGUGUAACCUCUCAACUAUCGACUUUGAUGGAUGCUAAUAAACGCUUGUCUACAAGUUCAUUGCAAGUUAUUGUGGUUACAUCAACUAACAGAGUUGAUGCAAUUGAACCUGCACUAAGAAGGUCAGGUCGUUUUGAUGCUGAAAUAGAAGUUACUACUCCUACAGAAGAGGAACGAUUACAAAUUCUAAAGCUAUACACUAAAAAACUUCCUUUGGAACGUGAUGCUGACUUGCAAGCAAUUGCUGCAUCUUGUAAUGGAUAUGUUGGGGCUGAUCUAGAAGCUUUAUGUCGUGAGGCUACAAUGUCUGCUCUUAAGUCUUCAGAGGCAAAUGAAAAUGCUGGUGUGUUUCGCUUGACAAUGGAAGACUGGAAGCGUGCAAGAUCUGUGGUGGGGCCCAGCAUAACAAGAGGUGUGACUGUGGAAGUCCCCAAGGUUUCUUGGGAAGAUAUUGGUGGACUGAAGGAUUUGAAGAAAAAGCUCCAACAAGCUGUUGAGUGGCCUAUUAAACAUUCUGCUGCAUUUUCAAGGAUGGGUAUAUCACCUAUUCGUGGUGUUCUCCUACAUGGACCCCCGGGAUGCUCAAAAACUACUCUUGCUAAAGCUGCAGCUAAUGCUGCCCAAGGUUCAUUUUUCUCCUUGAGUGGUGCAGAAUUAUAUUCGAUGUAUGUUGGAGAGGGUGAAGCAUUGUUGAGAAAUACAUUUCAAAGAGCUCGCCUUGCAGCUCCAAGCAUAAUAUUCUUUGAUGAGGCUGAUGUUGUAGCUGCAAAACGGGGUGGUAGUUCAAGUAAUAGUACCACAGUAGGAGAGAGGCUUCUAUCUACUUUAUUAACUGAAAUGGAUGGUCUGGAACAAGCUAAGGGAAUCCUUGUAUUAGCUGCCACAAAUCGUCCUCAUGCAAUUGAUGCUGCACUUAUGCGUCCGGGACGCUUUGAUUUAGUGCUUUAUGUACCACCACCAGAUUUAGAGGCUCGGUAUGAGAUACUUUCUGUUCAUACACGUAACAUGAAGAUAAGUAACGAUGUUGACCUGAGAAGCAUAGCAGAAGAUACAGAACUCUUCACAGGAGCUGAACUAGAAGGUCUUUGUCGGGAAGCUGGAAUUGUAGCUCUGAGGGAAGACAUAUCUGCAACUGUUGUGUGCAACCGUCAUUUCCAGACUGUGAAGCAAUCGCUGAAUCCAGCAUUAACUCCAGCAGAUAUUGAAAAGUAUUCAUCAUUUAUGAAACCCCAGAUAAGGUCUUCUAGCCGGAUUGAAUCUAAUGGAACAGACACAAGCAAGCGCAACUUGUCUGGUAUAGCGCUUUCAGUUAAAAUUGGUGUUUUGAGCUUUGUAUUUCUUGCUGCUGCCAAAUAUUUCCUCAUGUAUACGAAUAAAACUAGACAUGGCCUAUCAGCAACCUAACAAAGCCGCUUUUAAGUGCUUACAUAGGUUCAUGUCACAUGUAGGUUUGUGCUAUUUUUCAAAGCACCCAGUUCAUGUCCAUAUAAACUGGGUCUGGGCAAAACAUCAUAAUAUUUAAGGUAUGUAAAAUUUUCGCAACAUCAUAGUAUUUAAGGUAUGUGAUAUUUCCAACUUCAAGAUAGAUAUAAAAUUUUACAUUAAUUUUACCAACU